AUGCCUCUCCAAACCCUAAACCCCGCCUCCGUCUCCCGCGCCCCGCUCCCGCUCCCCCGGCGCCACCCGCCGCAGCCCCUCCCGCCCCGCCGUCGCCUCGCCGGCGGCGCCGUCCGGCCCCGCGCAGCCGUCGCCGUCGCCGUCUCCAGCGCGGUCAACGACGAGGCCAGAUGGCGGCCGCCACCCGGGGCCAGGGAGGGGAAGGGGACGGAUCUCGCCACGCUUGGCAACCUCUGCGUCGACGUCGUGCUCAGCGUCCCCUGCCUCCCGCCGGCGCAGCGCGAUGAGCGCCUGGCCUACAUGGAGGGCCUGGCCGCCUCGCCGCCCGACCAGAAAUAUUGGGAGGCUGGUGGGAACUGCAACCUGGCCUUUGCUGCGGCUAGGCUUGGGCUUCGCUGUUCCACACUGGGGCAUGUAGGAGAGGAAGUUUAUGGAAAGUUUCUUCUUGAUGUGCUCCAAGCAGAAGGCAUUAAUGUUGUUGGGAUGCUUGAAAAUACUGAUGCUACUGCAUGUCGACAUGCCUAUGAGACACUUCUGUGUUGGGUUCUUGUGGAUCCGUUUCAGAGACAUGGAUUCUGCAGCCGUGCAGACUUUAGUAAAGAACCGGCUUUCAGUUGGAUACAGAAACUUCCAGCAGAGACCAAGACAGCUAUUCACCACUCUAAAAUAUUGUUUAGCAAUGGAUAUGCUUUUGAUGAAUUUUCCCCUGAUGUGAUUGCAUCUGCUAUUGAUUGUGCGAUUGAUGCGGGAACGUCAGUAUUCUUUGAUCCUGGGCCUCGUGGAAGAUCUCUCUUAAAUGGGAACCUGGAUGAACAGAGAGCACUUGAGCAUGCUCUGAGGCUCAGCGAUGUUCUCCUUUUGACGUCAGAUGAGGCCGAGUCACUAACGAACAUCCAAAACCCGAUUGAGGCAGGGCAAGAGUUGCUAAGAAGAGGAAUCCGCACAAAAUGGGUUGUCAUCAAAAUGGGUUCCAAGGGAUCAAUCAUGAUCACUGAAAGUGCUGUUUCAUGUGCGCCUUCUUUUAAGAUUCGCGUUGUGGACACAGUUGGAUGUGGGGAUAGCUUUACUGCUGCUAUAGCUUUCGGGUUCCUCCACAACUUGCCGGCGAUUAGCACACUAGCCCUAGCAAAUGCAGUUGGUGCUGCAACCGCCACCGGAUAUGGGGCAGGUAGGAAUGUUGCUCACCUAGAUAAAGUACUACAUCUCUUGAGAGAAUCUGAUAUCAACGAGGAAGAAACAACAUGGACCGAGCUGAUGGAAGGAUGCUCAGCCUGUCCUGAAGUUUCAGUCCUGUCCAAGACUCCAAUUAAUGGUGUCAGCAAGCCCUUUGUGAAUGUUGUACCUGUUUGUGGUGUGGUUACUGACCUCUUGUCGAUGUUAGAAGUGGCACCGGAGUGGAGUGCUGUCCAGGCUUAGUGCCAUGUUGAAUAGUAGAUUGUUGUAUUUUGUUUUGCAUCCGUACAGUUUCUUUACUACUUCAUCACGCUGCCCUCAGGUGAUGGAUGAUAUUUGGAAGCCAGGCUCCAAUGGAAGCUAUUGAUAAGCAUGUAGUUUUUAUAGCUUUUUCCCAUUUUUAGUUGGAUUAUGGUAGCCAUCAAUAACUGUGCAGUGUCUGUCUGGCAUAUGAAAUGGAACAUCCCAAUUCUUAUCA